AUGGGACAGCACUUCUCCUUGGAGGAAGCCGACAAGGCCGGGGAGAUGGAUGUGGCGGAGCUGCAAGAAUGGUACAAGAAGUUUGUUGUGGAGUGUCCCAGUGGAACACUUUUCAUGCACGAGUUCAAGCGCUUCUUUGGGGUCACGGAGAAUAAGGAGGCUGCCGAGUACCUGGAGAGCAUGUUCAGAGCCUUUGACAAGAAUGGGGACAAUACCAUCGACUUUUUGGAGUAUGUGGCAGCCCUGAAUCUGGUCCUUCGGGGGAAGCUGGAGCACAAGCUGAAGUGGACAUUCAAGGUCUACGACAGAGACGGCAACGGCUGCAUCGACAAGCCGGAGCUCCUGGAGAUUGUGGAUUCAAUUUACCAACUGAAGAAGGCCUGCCGCGUGGAGAUGGAGGCGGACGAACACAUCCCGCUGCUGUCCCCGGAGGAGGUGGUGGACCGGAUAUUCCUCCUGGUGGAUGAGAACAGUGACGGUCAGCUGUCCCUGAAUGAGUUCAUCGAUGGGGCCCGGCGAGACAAGUGGGUGAUGAAGAUGCUCCAGAUGGACAUGAAACCCGGUGGGUGGAUCUCCCAGCAGCAGAGGAAAGGCACCAGCUCCUGA